AAGAUGCAUCAGUACAUUUCGCAGCGAUGUCGAGUUGCCUUGAAACACAACCGCGUGUAUGCAUUGCUUUCCUUAAGAAGAAUAGGCGAGGAAAAUGAUACUUGCAGUGUGGGGAAAAUCUCUUGCUUACGUGUGCUUCCUAACCCUGCUUCUACGCGGUGUUACUGGAAAAUAUAACAAAAAUACGAGGAAAUCAUUGCCUGCCAUGCCGAAGUUGAUCACGCAACACGGUUACCCUGCUGAGACGCACACCGUGGCUACAGAUGACGGCUACAUCCUCACCAUGCAUCGUAUUCCCUAUAGCCCCCUGUCGAACAGCACAGACACAGCGAGGCCGGUCGUCUUCCUGCAGCAUGGGCUCAUCAGCAGCUCAGUGGACUGGGUCAUCAUGGGACCAGGAAACGGACUGGGCUAUCUGCUAGCUGACGCUGGGUAUGAUGUGUGGAUGGGCAACGCUCGCGGAAACAUGUACUCCACCAGACACAACAAACUUUCGGCAAUGCUUCCUACCUUCUGGUCCUUUAGUUGGCAUGAGAUGGGUGUGUACGACCUGCCGGCCGAGAUCGACUACAUUUUGACGAAUACAACACAGAAGAGCCUCCGUUACGUUGGUCAUUCCAUGGGUACCACCAUGUUCUAUGUUCUCAUGUCCAAGAAACCAGAGUACAAUGCCAAGAUAAGCCGCAUGAUUGCACUGGCCCCUGUGGCGUUCCUGAGGAACACGAAAAGUCCUUUUGCUUCCAUCACGAAACUCGUACCAAGUGGAGUGCUAUUUGAUAUGGUGUCCAACUGGCCAUUUUUUCCAAAUAAGAAAUUUUCUAACGGUCUUCUCGAGGCCUUCUGUAAGAGAGGAACCAUUACGCAGAAGAUGUGUACAAACACACUCUUUCAAAUAGGAGGGUUCAAUUCGAACCAGCUGAACCAAACCAUGCUACCCACAAUCCUGCACUACUUUCCUGCUGGGUCUUCAAUGAAAGCCUGGAGGCACUACGGCCAACUUAUCAGUUCAGGUAGCUUCAGAGAAUAUGAUUAUGGAUUUGCAAAUAUUUUCAAAUAUGGAAAUUUAUAUCCACCAGAUUACAAUUUUGCUGUCAUCAUCACAUUCGUCAGCCUAAUCGUAGGUCCUAACGACUGGUUGGCAUCCCCUGAGGACGCGAGUCUGCUGCACCGGAAGCUGCCCAACUCGGAGUAUCACGAAAUUGCUCUUCCGGAAUUCAACCACUUUGACUUCUUGUGGGCAAUCGACGUGAAGACGUUGGUUAAUGACAAAGUUUUAAGUCUUCUGGAAGUUGACCAGGAUUAUUAAGAAUAACCUGCUACGUUUACUGUACGACUAAAUAGUAAUUAUAGUAAGAUCAUACUGAUUAUAAGGCGAUUCAGCACACAGUGUUUGUGAAAUGUAAAUAACGGAGUACAUUUGUAUGCCCUAUAUUCCAUUUUUGCUCUUUGUUUUAAUUCUUCGACGUUCUUAGUCGUUGCGAGUGUAAAACUGGCUUUACACAUCAAGCGACCUGACAUGCUUACAACUUACAUCCAGUACAUUGAUCUGUGGAGGUUACAUCCAAGCAGUGCUGAACAAUGGCUGGGGUUUUGGUCCUUGUCCAUCGUCGGUAUUCUAAAUAACUAGAGAACAUAGCGUUUCGGAAACUAGAUCUGUUUCCAUCCUCAUGUGAGAAGGGAAUACACCUACUCAACUGAGUCCCUUAAAAAAAGCUAACCUCAAUCACUGGCAACCCGUGUCAGUAUAAUUCUAUCUAUCUACCUACCUCCGUUCCUCCUACUUGGAGCAUAGGGCAUCCGCAAAACGCUCGUUUCACUUCAGUUUCUUAAUUUUAGGCAGUCGGUAGUAUUCCUUGAACGAAGGAUCAGCCCGACAAAAGUCUGCUACCUAUACAGGUCAACACAAACAGAAUAAACGCAAACAUCCAUGCAUUGAAUGGGAUUCGAACCCAUGAUCUCAGUGUUCGAGCGGUCGAAGACAUUUCAUGCCUUGGCGUGGCCACUGUGAUCAAAGUGUCUAUAAUUACUGAGACCAGACUAUGUUGAAGGGAGAUAACAGGAAACUGUGAAAUGAAAGUGUGAUAAAGCAUACACAGACCUGAAACUAAGAUAGAAAGAGAGGUGAAAAUGUUAUGCAACAAGCACAGCCAACAAACCAAAUGCAAAGGAUUAUGUAUGUAUGUAUUAUGGGAGGAGGUGGGUUUCCCC